GUAAUCCAGCCUCUCUAUCACUGCUGGCUUAGCUGCUCAGUCUGCAGUUGGUCUCGUCUGGUUUGGAGCAGGUUGGAAGAUGGCUCUCAACGUGCGACGUUUCCUGCUGGCUCUGCUUCUUCUGGGAGCUAACGUGUUCAUCAGCAUUCAUGCUCAAGAGGCUGGCGUGUCUGAAGCGUGGACCAGCAGGUCUUGCAAAUGCGACUGCGAAGGAGAAUCUCCAACAGAGUUUUCUGCCAUCGGGUCUGGCUCUUCUAUGGUGCAAGGAGUGGAUUGCAUGCCAGAGUGUCUAUACCACAAGCCUCUUGGCUUUGAGGCCGGAUCUGUGAAUCCAGACCAGAUCACCUGCUCCAACCAGGACCAGUACACCGGCUGGUUUGCCUCGUGGACCCCCAGCAAGGCCCGGCUCAACAGCCAGGGCUUUGGCUGUGCCUGGCUGUCUAAGUUCCAGGACAACGCUCAGUGGCUGCAGAUCGACCUGAGGGAGGUGAUGGUGGUGUCGGGGAUCCUCACUCAGGGCCGCUGUGAUGCCGACGAGUGGCUCACCAAGUACAGCGUUCAGUACCGCUCGGAUGAAAAGCUCAACUGGAUCUAUUACAAGGACCAGACUGGAAACAACAGGGUGUUUUACGGCAACUCCGACCGCUCUUCAUCCGUGCAGAACCUCCUGCGGCCGCCCAUCGUUGCGCGCUACAUCCGCAUCCUCCCUCUGGGCUGGCACACACGCAUCGCUCUGCGCAUGGAGCUGCUGCUCUGCAUGAAGAAAUGCGCUUGAUUCUAUCUUCCUUGCUGUCCCCGAGGCCUUGUCCCCCCAAAAAACUACGACUAGAACCUACAGUGAAAGCCUCAUCCUAACAGUGUGUGGUGUGUGAGUAUAAAUCCACAGAUUUGGCCUCCUGAAACUACCGAUCCGACUCUAAAAUAUUCAGCAUGAAACCUUUUUUAAAACACAAACAAAACGGUUAAAAUAGAGUUACACGGUCGCAUUGGAAUAGGUUUGUUUGAUAUGUACAGUGAGCUUUCAUUCGCUCCACUCUGCAUUGUCUGUGUCAAACCAGUCUCACACUGGGGGCUUUAAUUCGGUGAGUUCUCAAUAGAAUGCUCCAUUUGAAAUGAAAUGGCAUAAAUUCAAAGCAAUAAUUAGGCAUGGAGAGGGAGAGCAGCGUUGCUAUGGGGGUUAGAUGUGCAGGUCUGAGGCGAGCUCUUCCAAAACAGUUGUGUUUCUCUGUGAUGGAUCCAUAAAAUCGUGUCUUCUUCUUCUGAUAUUUAAAUGUAACAGGGAAUUUACAUUUCUCAGUAAGUUUCUCCCCCUUAUCUACCUUUAAAGAAUAAGUCUGGUGAUAUUUUACAUGUUUAACACUGCCAAGAAAUCCCAUGAAAAGACAAAAUCCAGCAAUAAAUUCAUCCUCAUAACAAGUAUUGUUAGUGUGUCCAAAGUCUGAUAGAGUUCUGUGCUUAGUUUUACUCUUUUUAUUUGUUCAAAAACACAUCAGUGAGACAUAGUGUUGCUCUGGUUUCCAGGGGCACUGCAGUUUGUUCUGAAUCAUAAAAAUACACAAUUCUGCUGUAAAUUCUCAAAGGUUCAGUGUGUAGAAAACAUGUAUUAAUCCGCAGCUGAAAAUAGUCCCUUACAGUAACUGUGUACAGCUGUAACAUAAAUUAAUUUGUUACCCCAUAUUAAAAAAAGCAAUAAUGCUAAACUUUCUUUAAAAAUGUCUGAUCUCACUUUGUGUUUUUGAUUUUUUUCAACCCUUUUUUUAAGUGCUAUAUUAAGAUUGAGCAGAUUCAGUGAUAUUCAGAUGUUGUUUGGUAUUGUGGUUAAUUCCUGCUUUUUAAAAUCAUUUUCCCAUGGUGCUUUGGGAACACAUCGCAGAGCUCUACUCACUCUAAAGGUGUGUUUCUUAUUGUAUCUUUAAACCAUUUCCUUGAUUAAACGAAUAAAUGUG